AAAAAAAGAAUUUGCCUUUUUCAAUUUUAUAUAUAUAUAUAUAUAUAUAUCUUCGUUAGGAUCUGUUUCUCUAAAUUCAAGUGUAAAGUUCAUCAGUAGCUAGUCUUAAAUUUUUGCUUGUAUUAUAAGUAAUGUCUCCUUAGUUGGGUUUCAGCUUUUGAGCAAUAUGGAGUCAUCAGAGCCGCCAUUUCAAGAGGCUUACAAAGCUCUCUUCGACCGGUACUACGAAUCGGGAUACGAUGAUGGUGAUGGUGAUGGUGAUGAUGAUGAUGAUGAUGUUAAUUCGACUGCGGUCGAGGAAUGCGAGCUGCCAUUGAUCGACCUUCGGAAGCUAAGCCUAGGGGAAGUGGAGAGAGGAGAGUGCAAGAGAGAGAUAGCAAGAGCUUCGCGAGAAUGGGGCUUCUUCCAGGUCGUGAACCACGAGAUUUCGUGGGAGAUUUUGGAGCGAAUGAGGCGCGAGCAGGUGAAGGUGUUCAAGGGGCCGUUUGGAGAGAAGAUCAACGACGGCUACCUGAACUUCUCGCCGGGCAGUUAUCGGUGGGGAACGCCGUCGCCGACUUGCCUCAGGCAGCUGUCCUGGUCGGAAGCAUUUCAUGUUCCUCUGGCUGAUAUAUCUUGCUUGGGUGGCCUCACCAAACUCGGCUCAACCAUGGAACAGUUCGCCACAACAGUUUCUGAGCUAGCCCAAACACUUGCAGAAAUCUUGGCAGAAGACCUGGGUCACAAGUCCACAUUUUUCAAAGAGAAUUGUGUGCCAAGCACUUGCUAUCUCCGGAUGAACAGAUACCCGCCAUGUCCAAUGUCUUCUGAGGUCUUCGGCUUGAUUCCUCACACCGACAGUGACUUCCUCACAAUAUUGCAUCAGGAUGAGAUCGGAGGAUUGCAGCUGGUCAAAGACGGCAAGUGGAUCGCCGUUAAGCCCCGCCCAGAAGCUCUCAUUAUCAACAUCGGUGACUUAUUUCAGGCGUGGAGCAAUGGCGUUUACAGGAGCGUUGAACACCGGGUGGUCGCCAACAAGGCGGUGGAGAGGUUUUCUACUGCAUAUUUCUUCUGCCCGUCCUUUGAAACUGUGAUAGAGAGCUGUGUUGAGCCGUCAGUAUAUAGGAAGUUUAGCUUUAAAGAGUUCAGAUUCCAGGUUCAAGAAGAUGUGAAAACAUUUGGUUACAAAAUAGGGCUUCCUAGGUUUCUCGCAUGAUAUUAAUAUUUGAUUAAUUACCCACUGGGCUUGUUUUACUUUUCACCUAAAUUGAUAAAUUAUAUAUUAAG